AUAGUACAGCACAACAACAAUUGUACUGGCGAAGCCUUGAAGACGAGAGAGUAAAAACUCACAGGUUUUGUUAGGGUUUUGUGUUCGUUCUCAACAGCUUCUGACAUUUAAAACUACACAGAGCAAAGCGAAACGAAAUUACGACAGACACAUCUACUCAUGAGACAUUUACUGAGAACGGUUCCAGUAUUCAAGAAAAACUCUCUAAUACGUUUAAUAGCAUUGGCUACUGCUGGUUCGGGUCUGCUGUAUUCUAACAUUGGCGUAGAUUCAAGAACAUCGGUUUCAAUUCAUCCGUCAUUUCGGGAUUCAUUAUUGUGGCAAUGGAGAACUAUGCAAGAGAUGCUUCCCCGUCCUUCAUUUUUAUCCUUGGACCCUUCAUCACAUGGAACUCUUCCGUUAUUUUUUUCUAGAGUUGGCUCGGUCCCAUCAGCGGAUAUAAAGAAGGAAGUUUCUGGGGAGUUUGGAGCUGGACCGAAACCUUGUUGUGGAUGUUUGGGUAGAGAUACCAUUGCUAAUGCCGCUGCAAGGAUUGGUCCAGCUGUUGUCAAUCUAUCUGUUCCACAGGGUUUUCGUGGGAUGACUGUAGGAAAGAGUAUAGGCUCUGGAACUAUCAUAGAUGCAGAUGGUACCAUCUUGACUUGUGCUCAUGUGGUGGUUGAUUUUCAAGGAUUGAGUUCUUCAUCCAAAGGGAAGGUUGAUGUUACUUUGCAAGAUGGUCGGACAUUUGAGGGUACAGUGGUGAAUGCUGAUUUACAUUCUGAUAUUGCUCUUGUAAGGAUAAAAUCCAAAACUCCCCUUCCAACAGCAAAACUUGGCUCCUCUAGUAAGCUUCGUCCUGGGGAUUGGGUGGUAGCUGUGGGCUGUCCCCUUUCCCUUCAAAAUACAAUUACAGCCGGUAUUGUAAGUUGUGUUGAUCGUAAAAGCAGCGAUUUGGGUCUUGGAGGGAUGAGGAGAGAAUACUUACAAACAGAUUGUGCAAUCAAUGCGGGUAAUUCUGGUGGACCUCUUGUUAACAUUGAUGGAGAAGUUAUCGGUGUUAAUAUUAUGAAAGUAUUGGCGGCUGAUGGUUUGGGCUUUUCUGUUCCAAUUGACUCAGUCUCCAAAAUUAUAGACCACUUCAAGAAAAAUGGGAGAGUUGUUCGACCUUGGCUUGGAUUGAAAAUGCUUGAUCUUAAUGAUUUGAUUGUUGCCCAGCUUAAGGAAAAGGAUUCCACAUUCCCUGAUGUCAACAAAGGUAUUCUUGUGCCAAUGUUUCGUAGGUUUUGUUAUGGUGUUGGUUUGUAGAUGCUGGGGGUUCAGAUUACUACAGACAUGUUAAUAUGUUGCAAGCCAACAUCAAGUUUUCACGCCGGGCGCAUCUUUGGCUGGGGAAAUGAAGUUUAAUUGUCUGAAAAUAGGUUUGGUUUGUUCAAAUUUGACAAGUGUCAUUCCCUCUCCUAGUCCCGCAAAUCCCACCCAAAACCAUGCAUUCCCAUCCCGCUUCAUAUCUCUUUCGCCAUUUGCUGUCUAUACCAAACAAACGGGGGACUUCCAGCAGCUAUUUCUGUUGCUGCCAGAGGUUGAAAUCACCGCUAAGCUGCCCGCCUGUUUCUACAAGCUUGUUGGUAGAAAUUCUUAGCAGCCGCUGUUUGCUGUUAAAAGUUGGUCUUAGUGAUAACUUCCUUAUUGUUGAUACAAGUUAUACAAUUAGUGGCAAUAAAUGUUGUAGUUGAAGAGUAGAGUAUUCAUUAGAAGUCUUAUAUACACAGAGGCUAAUUUAACUUAGUUGCAUGGUAAAUGGUUUUGGUGUCACAAAGCUUCAACCCAUGGCUUUUCAUGGAAAGUCAUGCAUUAAUUCAUGCUAUACACAAGCUGGAUAUGCUAAAGCUUCCAUCUUUUGGUGAAAAUUAUUGUUACUUCUUUUUUUUGCAAUAAAAUUUUUAAUAUAGCAUGUAGCAAGGGAAAUUCCUUUAAGCUUGAAAGGGAAGUUCUAUAAAUAACAAUUCUUUGUGGGCAAGACGUUGGAUGACUAAGAAAUAACAAAUGCACAAAAUGUGCAUGACGGAAAUAUGAAUGUUGAAAUGGAUGUGUGGCAAGACAAAAAAUAUUAAAUUAGAAAUGAAAACAUUUGUGGGAUGGUUGGUUGAAGUAGCACAGAUUGGAGAUGAAAUGAGAGAAAAUCGAUUUAAGGUGGGUGGAUACAUGCAAAGGAGUCCAUUACGUGCAGUAGUAAGGAAGAGUGACAAGGUUCGCAUUGAGGGUAAUGAUGGGGGAAGGAAAGACCAAAAGUAAUAUGGGUAGAAUUAGUAAGGAAAUAUACGAUAACACAUGGUUUCAUUGAGGUUAUGGCCUUUGAGUAGAAUGGAAAAAUAGGAUUCAUGUAGCUGAACCCAAGUUGGGAAAAGACUGUUUGUAGUCCUUACAUGUAGCAAGGAUAUAAGUGGAAGUGUGUUGGGAAGUGUUUAUGGCCCAAGAGCAAUGUAUAGUUGGCUAUGGUUCAUUUCUAUUCAAUUAUGUUCUGUAUUUUAUCAUUUCAACAUUUUAAGGUGAACCUUGUUUCAAUAGUAAAUUGGUUUUAGUAAAUUUCCUGUUAUUAAUUUCUAAUUUAUGCACCAACUGCAACUGAUAUGCAUGUGUAUAGAUGUUGAAAUGCACGAGAUAAGGUUAGUCAUAAAUUUUUCAUAAAGAUGCAGCUUUCCCAAACUAAUGU